UCUUCAGCCAUGACGUCCAAGGCCUGCAUCUUCGUCCUGCUCUUCGCUGCAGCUCUUCUCCAUACAGGGCAUGCCGGUGGGGACCCCGGGCCGUGCGAGCUGGAGGACAUCCGCGUGUCGUCGGUGCUGACGGGGCGGCGGGUCCUGAACGUGCCGCAGCACGAGGUGACGGUGGAGAACCUGUGCUCGUGCCCGCAGAGCGGCGUGGUGAUGUCGUGCAACCUCGGCGAGGUGAAGGCGGUGAUCCUGGACACGACCAAGAUCCGGCUGCUGAACCGGGAGGAAGGGCUGUGCCUCAUCAACAGCGGCUGGCCCAUCUUCAACGGCAAGCCCAUCACCUUCACCUACGCCGCCAAGACGCCGCUCGACUUCACCCUCUACAACGCCUCGCCGGAAUGCCGGGCGUGAGACACGGUCCAGGCCAGUAUUUUGGUUUUUGCGUUGGAGUGCCUUCUUUUAUCGAAUGCCCGCAGUUGGAAUGGCAACACCAAAAUGCGUCUGUUCCUUUCUGUGUAUCAUGUCUCAUUGCCUCCAUUCUUC